AUGACCAUACUCAAAAUGUCACCAACAAUGACAUACGCACCAACCACUCCCAUCCCCAAGUCCACCUGGGCCGACGACGACGAUGACGAAUUCGACUUCGACACCUGGCUCGCUACCGCCGAUACCUCCGCCCCUCUCCCAUCCUCGCUUCCUCCCCUCCAACUCCCCGCUGCCGACGAAGACGAAAUGCCUUUCACAUCUACCUUCUCUACCAGCGCACCAUGGGCCGAUUCCCCACCAAACUCCGACACCCCCAAGCCGCUCAAAACCACCGACUGGCGCUGCGGCAAGGCGAUGCUCGCGUGGCGCGCGACACAGAAGGCGCCUGGCCUGCCUGCGUACGUGGAGAUGAGCGGGUGGGAUAAUGGAGUGGGGUGUGAGUGGAGCCGGGUACAAUACAGCCAGCACUGGGGGAAUUGGAAGGUCGGUGUGGGUGCGGAUUGUAGGUGGACGGCAAUGUUUAAGGGGUCGUUGUUGGCGAAUGUUGAGAUGGUGGAAGAGGAGGAAGAGGUCGUCGAGGAGAUGGAUGCCGCUCCGGAUGGGGUUGGGAUGGAUACGCCUCUUACUAUCACCACGACCACGGAUGCGCUGAAGACCUUGCGCAUCCCAGAUGAAGGCUACUACACGGACGACUCGCCGCUUGUUUCGCCGACCGAUGGUGCGAGCGAGGAGGGCGUCGAGGUGUCCAUCUCGACGUCGCAGGUUGGACUUGCGACGCUGAAGAAGUUCACGCGGCAUCUUCGCGUGGACUCUCAGUAUGCGCUGAAGGAGACCAAGAAGGAAAACGAGAUUGAGAUCGAUGACGGCGAGGUGGCCAAGGAGGGCCAGGAGAUUGCGUCGGCCGGUGUUGGCGGUGAUGGUGGGCUGCUGGACGACAUCUCGAUUCAUCUUUCCGGGGCGGCGGUCAAGAGCUGGUACUACAUGGCUAGCCAGCCUUGGACGAUAGCUGGUGCAAUUACUUCCAGCAUUGUAAUAGGAGGGUCGAUCUACUUGUUGCGCAGGGGCUGA